UAAAGUUGUGGAUGCAGUGUUCGUAUGGAUGAGGGAGCUAUGUUGGAAACGAGAGGCGUUUUGUUUUGAUUCAUGUGCCUGUGCGUUAAAAAGCUUGUUCUUUUUAUGUUCAAGAACAUUAUGAGUAUAACUUAAGAUAUUUGGAUUUCGACUAUCAUUUGGAUUCUUUGCUUUUAUCUAAACUGCUGCCAAGAUGAUGAAACAAUUUCUUCGUGUUAAGGAGAUCGCUGACAAGAAAUUUCAAAGGAACGAGAAAAGCUCUGUUCUGACGGAAGAAUUGAAUGCUGCCGAGAAGCGAGUAGAUCUGAUCAAAGAGAGCUGUUACGCCUGCGGUAAGAAGCUGUCGUCAUGCAUGCAGAGACUCACCCAAGACAGCUCGGAUCGCAGGAAUUCGAAAAAAUUAGUUCCUGAAUCUGCUCUUGCCCAGUGCAUGGAAGAAUGGGGAUUGUCUUUAGGUGAAAAUUCGAUUUUAGGAAUGACAUUAGUUGAUUUCGCACGAAUCCAAGACACUUUGGCAACUGAUUUAUUAAAUUAUAAAGUGCAAGUUGAGGAAUCCGUUGUUGAGCCCCUCCAAAAUAUUUUGAACAUUGACAUAUCAAAAAUUAUUAAGUCUCGGAAACAACUUAUAAAGCUCAGCUCUGAUAUGGAUUCUGCCAAAACUAGGUACCAAAGUUCCAUGAGAAGUAGUCAACAAAUCUCUGGCAAUGGGCAAACAAAUGCAGCAGCCAAAGUUCAGCUUCUGAGAGAAGAAUCUGAAGAUUUAUCAAGCAAAGUUGAACAAUGCCGGCCGUUUAUGAAAACAUAUUGCGCCGUGGUUUCCAAACCUUAUCCACUCAUGAAAUCUCUAAACUACAUGGCUGCUUACGGGAGCUGA